AUGGUGCUGGUGGUGGUCAUGGGAGUGAGCGGCUCAGGGAAAACCACAGUCGGGUCACAUUUGGCAGCAAAGUUAUGGUUGUGUUAUAUUCCAGAUUCGGGAUGGAAAUUCUACGAUGCAGAUGAUUAUCAUUCUCCAGAGAAUAAAAAGAAGAUGGUGGAAGGAAUAUCACUAAAUGAUGAGGACAGGAUUCCAUGGUUUUGUGCACUGCAUGAUAUAUUAAGGAGAGAAGAAUCAUCUAGACAAGAUGUGGUUCUGGCCUGUUCUGCACUGAAGAAAAUGUAUAUGUAUAUUUGUGGAGCAUCUGCACUUGAAAGCAACCAGCCAGAGAAACCAGGAGAAAAUACAGCACUGAAGAUCCUCUUUGUUCAUUUGGAUGGGCCUAUAGACCUCAUUGCUUGUCGCCUGGAGAAGAAGAGAGGACAUUUUAUGCCACCUGAAUUAUUCAAGUCUCAAUUUGAUACUCUGGAGCCUCCUAGAGCACCAGAAAACUUUAUUACUGUCAGUGUAGAAAAAUCUCUUCCCAAAAUAGUGCUGGAAAUUGAGAAAGCAAUUUUUUCAGGGUGAGGC